AUGCCGGGAUUAGGUAAGACUACUUUGGCAACAAAGAUUUAUAAUCAUUACUCUAUUGUGCAUCGUUUCUCUGUCUGUGCAUGUUGUACGACUUCCCAAGUGGUUGACAAAAAGAAGGUGUUGCGUGACCUCUUAAACCAGACUGACUCUGACAACAAAUGUUCUGAGGUCAGUGAAACUGAUUUAGAAGUAAAACUUUGGCGAAGUCUUAAAGGAAGGAGAUAUCUCAUAUUCCUUGAUGAUAUUUGGGACGCCAAAGCGUGGGAUAGCUUAGAAAAAUCGUUUCCUGAUGACAAUGUUGGAAGUAGAGUUCUUUUGACAAGUCGUUGUCAUGAUAUGGUUGAUCCAGAACCUUAUCAUCUCAGUCCACUGAGCAAAGAGGAGACUCUGAAGUUAUUGAAAGUGAAAUUAUUCCCCGGAGACAAUUGUUGGCCUCCUGAAUUGAGUGAUCUUGCAAAGAAAAUAUCAGCAUUUUGUAAGGGCUUACCGUUGAAAGUUAUCAUUGUAGCUGGACUUCUGGCGACUAGAAAGACACAAGAUUGGAAGGAAAUGCUGGAUGCCUUAAGCUCAUCUGCUGUGUUGAGUAAUCUCCACAUCGGGCUUCCAAAUUAUCUUAACAAGCCCAAAUCUGUACUCCACAUGAGUAACUGGGUUGUCCACCCCUACGUUUCCACUCGUAGUGGGCCUUUGACUGUCCGGGUUCAGUCAGAUCAACCGAGAUAA